GACUUUUCAUGAGGAACACUGUUCAGGAGCACAGUGCAUUUCGAUUUGCUGUGCAGUUAUACAACACAAACCAAAAUACCACAGAAAAGCCCUUCCAUUUGAACUAUCAUGUAGAUCAUUUGGACUCUUCCAACAGUUUUUCGGUGACAAAUGCUUUCUGUUCACAGUUUUCCAGAGGAGUUUAUGCCAUCUUUGGAUUCUAUGACCAGAUGUCAAUGAACACACUGACGUCAUUUUGUGGAGCCCUUCACACAUCCUUCGUCACGCCCAGCUUCCCAACAGAUGCAGAUGUACAGUUUGUCAUCCAGAUGCGGCCAGCAUUAAAAGGAGCCAUCUUGAGUCUCCUGUCUCACUAUAAGUGGGAAAAGUUUGUGUACCUCUAUGACACAGAACGGGGAUUUUCCAUUCUUCAGGCGAUUAUGGAAGCAGCAGUACAGAACAACUGGCAAGUGACAGCCAGAUCUGUAGGAAGCAUAAAGGAUGUUCAAGAGUUCAGAAGAAUUAUAGAGGAGAUGGACAGGCGGCAAGAAAAAAGAUACUUAAUUGACUGUGAAGUAGACAGAAUCAACACCAUUUUGGAACAGGUUGUCAUCCUCGGCAAACAUUCUAGAGGCUAUCACUACAUGUUAGCUAACCUGGGUUUCACAGACAUUGUUCUGGAGAGAGUAAUGCAUGGAGGUGCCAACGUUACUGGAUUCCAGAUUGUUAAUAAUGAAAACCCAAUGGUUCAACAGUUUCUACAACGCUGGGUGAGGCUGGAUGAAAGGGAAUUCCCUGAAGCCAAAAACUCACCAUUAAAGUAUACAUCUGCACUGACCCAUGAUGCGGUCCUAGUCAUAGCAGAGGCUUUCCGUUACCUCCGAAGACAGCGUGUGGAUGUCUCCAGGAGAGGUAGUGCUGGAGACUGCCUGGCUAACCCUGCAGUACCAUGGAGCCAAGGAAUUGAUAUAGAAAGAGCGCUGAAAAUGGUGCAAGUUCAAGGAAUGACAGGGAACAUCCAGUUCGACACUUAUGGGCGGAGAACAAAUUAUACAAUUGAUGUGUAUGAAAUGAAAGCCGCUGGAUCACGGAAGGCUGGUUAUUGGAACGAGUAUGAAAGAUUUGUGCCAGCAUUAGAUCAGCUGCCCUCUAAUGACACUUCAUCCGUGGAGAACAGAACUAUUGUAGUCACUACCAUCUUGGAAUCACCAUAUGUAAUGUAUAAGAAAAACCAUGAACAACUAGAAGGGAAUGAGAGAUAUGAAGGAUAUUGUGUAGACUUAGCUUCUGAAAUAGCAAAACAUGUUGGAAUAAAAUACAAACUGUCAAUUGUUGGAGAUGGGAAAUAUGGAGCUAGGGACCCUGAGACUAAGAUAUGGAAUGGCAUGGUGGGUGAACUGGUCUAUGGGAGAGCAGAUAUAGCUGUUGCCCCCCUCACCAUAACACUGGUGCGAGAAGAAGUCAUAGACUUUUCCAAACCCUUUAUGAGCCUGGGCAUCUCCAUCAUGAUCAAGAAGCCUCAGAAAUCUAAACCGGGCGUAUUCUCUUUCCUGGAUCCUUUGGCUUAUGAAAUUUGGAUGUGUAUAGUCUUUGCUUACAUUGGCGUCAGCGUAGUUCUUUUCCUAGUCAGCAGAUUCAGCCCUUAUGAAUGGCACUUGGAAGACAGCAAUGAAGAACCACGUGACCCUCAGAAUCCUCCCGACCCUCCAAAUGAAUUUGGAAUAUUUAACAGCCUUUGGUUUUCCCUGGGUGCCUUUAUGCAGCAAGGAUGCGAUAUUUCUCCAAGAUCUCUCUCAGGGCGAAUUGUCGGAGGAGUCUGGUGGUUCUUCACUCUCAUCAUUAUCUCUUCCUACACUGCUAAUCUUGCUGCCUUCCUUACGGUGGAAAGGAUGGUUUCUCCCAUAGAGAGCGCGGAGGACCUGGCUAAACAAACCGAAAUAGCCUAUGGCACUUUGGAUUCAGGCUCAACCAAAGAAUUCUUUAGAAGGUCAAAAAUAGCCGUCUACGAGAAAAUGUGGUCGUACAUGAAGUCAGCCGAGCCCUCGGUGUUCACCAAAACGACGGCGGACGGGGUGGCGAGGGUGCGGAAGUCGAAGGGGAAGUUUGCCUUCCUGCUGGAGUCGACCAUGAACGAGUACAUCGAGCAGCGCAAGCCCUGCGACACCAUGAAAGUUGGCGGCAACCUGGAUUCCAAGGGCUAUGGUGUAGCAACCCCCAAAGGCUCAGCAUUAAGAAAUGCUGUUAACCUGGCAGUAUUAAAACUGAAUGAGCAAGGCCUCUUGGACAAAUUGAAAAACAAAUGGUGGUACGACAAAGGAGAGUGCGGCAGCGGGGGAGGUGACUCCAAGAACUCCUGUAAACCUUGCAGUAUUGAAACUCAGUGAACAAGGCAUCUUAGACAAGCUGAAAAACAAAUGGUGGUACGAUAAGGGUGAAUGUGGAGCCAAGGACUCCGGAAGUAAGGACAAGACGAGCGCUCUGAGCCUGAGCAAUGUUGCCGGGGUUUUCUAUAUCCUUGUCGGAGGCCUCGGGCUGGCCAUGAUGGUGGCACUGAUCGAGUUCUGCUACAAGUCUCGGGCCGAGUCCAAGCGAAUGAAACUCACCAAGAACACGCAGAACUUCAAACCUGCUCCCACCACCAGCACCCAGAAUUACGCUACGUACAGAGAAGGCUACAACGUGUACGGCACAGAAAGUGUGAAAAUCUAGGGAUCCUCGCCCUGACAGCACGCAAGAGGAGAAGCAGCAGAGAAUGUGGCUACUUCACGGAUUCGGACCACCUGAGCCAGUCGUACUCUCUCUGAGGUGUCAGGCAUGACACGCAUUGAUGAUGGUGCAAUGUACUUUUAAUAGGAAAAACUGAUAUUUUUUCCUUCAGUGCCUUAUGGAAGACUCUGAGACUCACAACAAUGCAAACCAUCACUGAAAUAUUCUUGCUUUGCUUGAAUGAAG